UUGCUGUGAAAAAAACUGAUUCAUGUGAACGUAUUGCUGAUGGGUGAAGGGUACGAUCCUGACCGUUUCAUUGAUCGAGUUCUUCAUGGUUUUAAAUGCUGCAUUUGCCGUUGUGUGUUAAACGAGCCACGAUUAUGCCAGGCAGAAGAACAUCAAUUUUGUUUCAAUUGCAUAUCUCAACAUCUUCCUAAUUCCCAAACGUGCCCAGAAUGUCGGCAACACCUCACUUUGGCAACUUUGAAAUGUCCUGGAAAAAACCUCAAGAACCUUUUAUCAGAGCUGAGAAUCAAGUGUGAUCACAGCAAUCGAGGUUGUCCCGAACAGGUUGAACUUGGAAAUCUGCAGAAUCAUGUGAGCAAUUGUGAAUACCGUCCAAUAACGUGUGGAGAUUGUUACCUUGAAGUAAACGCCAAAGAUGAAGACAAACACAAGAAGAGUUUCUGUCAGCUUGGCGGGGCCAAUAUUUCGGGCUUAAAAGAUAUAAAACUUCGUCAAGAAGAGAUGAAGGAUAAUUUCACGAUUAUCAAAGCAAGACAGAAAGAAUUCACCGAUAAACAAAAGGAACUGGAAGAAACUCAAAAUGUAUACGGGCAGAAGAUAGCUGACAUUCAUGAUGAUUUAGAUGAAAUGGAAGGUAAUCAGAGAAGACAGAAGCGAAAACUGAAAGAAGUCGUCAAUAGUUGUGAACAAAUUCGUACAUUACUAGACGAAGUCGAGGAUGAUCAGAAUUUACAAAGGCAGGAACUGAAUGAAGUCACCAAUAGUUCCGAAGAAAUCCAUACCUUCACGAAUUCAAUUCAAGAUGAAAUGAGAGGCGAGGUGACAGAACUCAAAAGACGACAUGAUCAAAUAUACGAUAAAGUAAAGAAAAUGAAGGCAAGUGUUCACCAAUUAACACCGUCCCAAGAUAAAAUGAAAAUUGAAAUGCUUGAAAUGGCAAGAAAACAAGAUCAAAUGGAGGCAAGACAAGAUGACGUAAAGAAAGAUCUUGAAGAGAUUAAACAAACUCAAGAGGGAAUUAACGAGAAUGUAGGGGAAAUGAAGGCAAGUGUUCAGCAAUUAACACCGUCCCAAGAUAAGAUGAAAAUUGAAAUGCUUGAAAUGGCAAGAAAACAAGAUAAAAUGGAGGCAAGACAAGAUGACUUAAAGAAAAGUCUUGAAGAGAUUAAACAAACUCAAGAAGGAAUAAACGAGGAUGCAGGGGAAAUGAAG